AUGCCCAUAUUGCUUCUGACAAAUGACUCACACAGUUGGAUAGAAAUCUUCCCAGCAGACGCCUUCUUCAGAGUUUCUUCGACGACAAUGUUCAUCUUGAUUCUAAUUUCAUUAAUUUAUUCUAAUUUUGCAUUCUUUUUUGGAGAAAAUAAUCCAUGCGGCCAAUCCAGUCCUUGUCUACCAGUUCUACAACUUCCACAGCAACAGCCUUCUUGUUCUCCACCCUGCAGUCCUCCACAACGAGUUCAGCUUGUGGCUCUUGAAGCUCCAUGUUCACCAUGUAACCCGUCUAACUCGGAAUCAUAUAGUCCGAGGCUAUUAGCGCAACCAUGCUCACCAUGUGACAACGGUUACAAUCGAGAUGUAGCAUUUCUAGCACCUGCAUACAGUGCAACUAACCGGGAUGCUUCUCUUCCUCGAUUUGUUCAAGGACCAAUUUAUCAAAUUUCCCCACAAAUAGUUCCAGUUCCGUUUUAUGUCUCAAUGUUACCUCCAACCCGAAAUACUCCGAUUCGUCAUAAUUCUAUUGUUCAUCUUCCACGUGGUGCUGGAAAAUCUUCUCUUUCUCCAUCCACAGCAGAUUCUCAAUAUCCCGUUGAUCCGCAAACUUCAUUGCCACCUGAUUCUGAAUAUGCGUCAGCUCGUCCAUCACCUCCUCCACCAUCUCCUUAUGAUUACUAUCCCACGAAAACAGGCGAAUCAGUCGCAACAUUUGAAAAUACUAGGUACGCUCCCCAACAUAAAACUUCAUAUUCGAAAGAUACUGAACCUUACAAGUUGUCGGGUUCAGCAACAGUUGCUGACAAUGUGCACUUUCGGAAUAGUUUUAAGGCCUAUCUAAAGAAAUCAAGUUAUGAAGUGGGAGAAUCUUCCAAUAAGUUACCACCACCACCUCCUCCACCUUCACCUGACCAAAGUUUAAGUGAAUCAUAUGCAAACUUUGGUAAUGGUUCUUAUAACAAAAGAGAAUCAAAGGCUACCUUCAUUGAUACGGACGAGAAUCAGCCAUUCUAUCCCAAGAAAUAUCCGAAUACAUAUGCUAAAUUUGAAUAUGCUAAAUAA